UUCACGCGCUAUGCUUCUACUCUGGUCGCCAACAAUUCCGUACGUACCGACGCGAAAGCGGCGCCUCCUGGAUGGCGUGGCCUUCCCGCUUUCACGGGUCUACACCUGUGUCCGAACCAUCUACUUCCGUGCAGCGAUUGUCCGAACCAUCUACUUCCGCGCAGCGACUGUCCGAACCAUCUACCUCCGCGCACUAACUAUCUACCUCCGCGCAGCGCCUAGUCGCGCCGCUGCUCUCCAUCUCGCGCCGAGUCGCUUUCAGCAGACCGCGCCUCUUCCUCCCGCCCAGUCGCUUUCAGCAGACCGCGCCUCUUGCUCUCGCCCAGCUUCCUCUCUUACAACCUACCAUGUCCUUCUAUCUCUGCGCCGCCCCUUUCCUCGUCCUCUACUCACCGCAAAGCCGACGGUUCGCGCGUCACUCGGGUGAAUACCACGUAUCGAAGAAACUACGGCCCUGUCUAGUCACCGCCGUCGACGGUGACUGGAUCUGCCUCGCUCCUUGCUUAUCGGCUCGCCCGGAGAGCCAGAUGAAGCGCUCCUCCUGGAGCAUCGUCGAUUACGGCAAACACGGCCCCACUCUCCCCGACCACCCUCUGCACAACGCGCCGGUCUUUUCUAUUCCUCUGCGCUCCCGUCGGCAGCGUGGCUGGAAAGCGACGUCGUGCUUCGUUUGGACGCGCGAUGAAGGCGAAUGGAUCAGCAUCGCCGACUGGGAGUCGACUCUAGGGGCGCGCGUCCUGGACUCCGACUUCGACCUGAGCCCAGGGCAAAUGGCGAUCUUGCGGGGAAAGCAUUGGGCGAUUUGGGGAGGGAACCAGGGCUAAUGGUGGCCAGUCGACGCAAACGUGUUACCUACUCGCAAGUGUGAUCAUUGUAAAGUCUCGUUGAAGUUACUCCCAUCCCUCUC